GUGACCUUACCCAUUUGACCUUUUGUAAACUUUUGGAACGCUCAUGCGCAAUGUUCAAUGUUUCGGCACAGAGUUGAAGGUAAGAAUCCACCGCACUUUUCUUCCCUUUUUAUUUCAUCCACAUCAAUGCAAUUCCACUUUGACAAACAAUGGCAAGUAUUGCAAUUGUACAAAGGGAUGUUUCCCAACUCUUGACAGAGCUACGAAUGAACCGUCAUUUAGUUCCAAGUGAUUUGAAAGUUUAGCAGGACUAACUUUGAAGAAUUGAAAGAAUUUCUCAUUUGUUUAAGGUGACGUCAUGUUUAUAGACUUCGUCAAUGCGAGUCAACCCGAAAGUAUUUCCCGUUAUGUGAUUGGCCAAAGUCACUGUCAAUCAUCUCAUUGCCGUGAAAAGGAUGACGCCCACUCUACUCAAUUCAUUUCGUUAACUUGCUGUGCGCAAUCCUCCGAAUAUGACAUUAUGAAUUAGUGCCGCGAGGCUAAACAAAAUGGGUGAUUAAAUAAGUACAAUUUUUUUUUCUUCCGUAAAUUACCUGCUUGCGUUUUGCUUCCGGGUACGUGUGACCCCGCCCUUUUUUACAGGUACUCUUGUUGUUAUCCUUUCACGAUCCACCGGGACCGGUCGUCAAAGUCGAACAGCAGGUCCUACCGCUAAUGCUUUUUGCGUGUCGUCUCGUCCCUUCCAUCCGUCCCGUGGACACCGUAAAGGCCCGCCGACGAGAUGGACAAGUGGAAUUCCGCCAUCUCCGUCACGUACAAGCGCUGGAGAAAUCCCGAUCAGAGUAUGGAGGCAAAGCAUGUGGAUGACACUGCCGAAUCCUCAGGUUCCAUCAAGGAUGAGGGCUGUGUGACCAUUGGAGGUUUGACCCUCGGGCGCAGAAAGUCAGCGUGCGCAUCCGUGGUUCCUCCCAAACAAGAAACCUUCACUCUGGAUGAGGCGCUGGACGCUCUGGGCUUUGGGAUGUUCCAGUGGAAAUUGUUAUUUCUCACCGGCUUCUCCUGGGUGGCCGACGCCAUGGAGAUGAUGAUCCUCAGCAUCCUGGGCCCGCAGCUGCACUGCGACUGGAGCUUGGAAGGCUACAAAGUGGCGCUCAUAACCUCGGUGGUGUUUGCCGGAAUGGGCUUCAGCUCAUCCUUCUGGGGCAACUUGUCGGACAAGCACGGCAGGAAAAAGGGGCUGACCAUGUGCAUGGCUUGGACUUUUUACUACAGCGUCUUGAGCGCCCUGGCGCCGAAUUUCUAUUGGCUCUUGCUGCUGCGAGGCUUGGUGGGCGUAGGCAUCGGAGGAGCCCAUCAAUCGCUGACGCUGUACUCUGAAUUCAUCCCGUCCAAGGCGAGGGGCUUGUCGGUGGUCCUGAUGGCGGCCUUCUGGACCGUGGGCGUGGUGCUGGAGGUGCUGCUGGCCUUGUGGGUCAUGCCGGGCUUGGGCUGGCGCUGGCUGGUGGGCCUGUCCGCCGUGCCGAUGGCCAUCUUUCUCGGCUUCUGCUUGUGGCUGCCCGAGAGUCCUCGCUUCGACCUGCUGAACGGAAACGUAACCAAAGUGAUGGCCACGCUGGAACGCAUCGCCAAGGACAACGGCAAGGCCCUACCUCCGGGGAGGAUGGUCUGCAACCUGGCGCCAAGCAGCCGCGGGCGUCUUUCGGAGCUUUUCACGCAACGCUACUGCAGAACCAUGCUGCUCCUCUUGUUCAUCUGGUUCUCCUUCGCUUUCUCUUAUUACGGAAUCAUCCUGCUGACGACGGAGAUGUUCCAAUCUGGAGAUUGGUGCGGGGUCACCCAGGGGGCCAAAAAUGAAGCUGGCUGUCGUCUGGGAUGCAAAUUGCUCACAUCGGAGGACUACAAAGACCUGCUGUGGACCACCUUGGCUGAAUUUCCAGGCCUGGUUGUGGUUCUGGGCACAGUGGACUGUCUGGGCAGGAAAAAAAGCAUGGCCCUGCCCCUCUUCAUCUUCACCUUGAGCCUUUUGCCCUUGUACGCGUGUAUCGGCAGGGUGGCGCUCACCGUUUUCAUUUUCAUCGGGAGAGCCUUCAUCUCGGGUGGAUACCAAGUGGCUUUUGUGUACACGCCAGAGGUCUUCCCCACCGAGACCAGAGCGUUGGCCGUUGGCACCUGUAGCGCCAUGGCCAGGGUGGGCGCCCUCAUUACACCCUUUGUGGCACAGGUGCUGCUCCGACAUUCCGUGUCCUUGACGCUGGCCGUGUAUUGCCUGUGCUCUUUCCUGGCCGGCGUCCUGUGCCUGCUGCUGCCCAUCGAGACGUCGGGAAGGGCCCUGCAGGAGUCGGAGCGCACCCCCACGCUAAGCGCUGCUAAAAGGCUUACCUGAAAGUCGGCGAAGGGGAGGAGCCAAGACGCGUGGGAGUGGUUUUGCACAGUUACAUUCAUUCCCGCAGACACCCGCGUUUAUUUCUCAAAUGUCAAUUGAAGCCCAUUGACACCAAAACUUUGCUCUUGACACACUUUCUCGAUGUUUCCAAGCGUGAAAAUGUGCAAGUAAAUGACGCGCCUGCUCAAAAAGGUUCGUAACUGCCUGUAGCUGACACAAGAGGGCGCCAAAGCACAUUUUAUUAUCCAAAAGUGACUGCCCGCCCAAAUAAAGCUUUUCUCUUCGUUUCAACAAGAUGCCACCAGGUGGCGCCAAAGCAAGAUUUCCUUUAGCUUUGACCAGAGCGCGUGGGUGGCUAGAUACGAUUUAAAGUGCCUUUGAAUAACGUGAAAUAAAGUUUAGAAGUGUUUAUGAA